CUUCUUCUUCGGCCUCCUCCCACAAUCUCACUUUCUUCUCUGCACCGCAACAGCACACAACAUAUCUCUCAUCUAUUUAGUUCACUACGAAAUUAAAAGUCGUUUUUAAAGAAGAUCAUAUCAAUGGGGCCAGGAUUAGCUCUAGACUACAUCGGAUGUGAAGAACAGCAUUACCAGCCCCAUUUUCUUGACGCCUGCUCUCUUUGUCAGAGAACCUUGGGUCAUAACAGUGAUAUCUUCAUGUACAGAGGGAAUACUCCAUUUUGUAGCGAAGAAUGCAGGCAAGAACAGAUAGAUAUGGAUGAAGCGGAGGAGAAGAGAUGGAGAGUGUCUGCUUCUUGCUCCAAGAGAUCAUCAACAAAAACACAAACAACCAAAACGCAAACAACAAAAGGGUCGGCCUCCAAAGAAGCUGAGACCAACAAGGCCGUAAGAACAGGGUCUGUUGCCGUGGCGUAAACAACUCAUCAACAUCUAUCUAUCUAUCAAAAAUAAAUUUAAAAAAAAAAAAAAGAAAAAAGAAAAAAAGAUCCAACUGAUGAGGGAAAAAGAGAGGAAUCUGAAGUGAGGUCAUCACCAGUUUUCCCAUGACCCAAUCCUAGCUAGCUAUCUAGCUCAAUAAUAUAAUGGAAAACUUCUACUGUAGAGCUUGAUUGCUGCAGCAGAUGAGAUCUAUGAACAAAUUAAUGAUGGGCAUCAGAUCCAGAUUGUUCCAUCACACAAUUUUGUAUCUGUUUUUUUUUUUUUUUUUUUUUUUUUUUUGGGAUUCUUUGUUUUUCUUCAAUUCAGAUCUUGGAAUUGUGAGCUUUACAAAUGCGUCGAGAUCUGUGACUUUUAUUAGUGAUAUCCAAAGUUAAAGAUUUCAUACUUAGCUUGAGGAUGAUUCUUCAUCAUCAUCAUCAGUUCUAGCAAAUCAUGGUAUUUAUAUAUAUAGAUUAGGUGAUAGGUUGAUGAAGGUCAUCUGAGUAGUAGCAAAUUAAAUGCAGCGCAGCAGCAGUUGAAGAUUCUCCCUCAAGCCACGAAAAGCCUAAACAUAUUUAAUUAAGCUAUGUCCACCUAUGCAAUUUUCUCUCAUUUUUAAAA